GGGGAAAGACUUCACCUUCGAGUACAUCCAGAGGGAAGGCCUCCGAGAGCCCCUGGUCUUCGAGAAGUCAGACGGCCUCGGAAUCCAAAUGCCAGAUCCGGAUUUCAGUGUGAGCGACGUGAAGCUGUUUGUAGGGAGCCGUAGGAUGAUUGACGUGAUGGACGUCACGACUCAGAAGGGCAUCGAGAUGUCUAUGGGCCAGUGGAGGCGUUACUACGAGACGCCGCCGUCCCAGAGGGAGAAGCUCUACAAUGUCAUCAGCCUGGAGUUCAGUCACACCAAACUGGAGAACCUGGUCAAGAGGCCCGCAUCGGUGGACGUGAUCGACUGGGUGGACAACAUGUGGCCGCGCCAUCUGAAGGAGAGACAGCGGGAUUCGACCAAUUCCAUAAUAGACAUGCAAUACCCAAAAGUACAGAAGUAUUGUCUCAUGAGUGUCGAGGGCUCCUUCACUGACUUCCACAUUGAUUUCGGUGGCACUUCUGUUUGGUACCACAUCCUACGAGGAGGAAAGGUGUUCUGGCUGAUCCCACCCACUCCCCAGAACCUGGAGCUGUACGAGAACUGGGUGCUGUCGGGGAAACAGGGGGACAUCUUCCUGGGUGACAAAGCGUCGCAGUGCCAGCGCAUCGAACUCAAACAGGGGUACACUUUCAUGAUACCCUCAGGGUGGAUCCAUGCUGUCUACACUCCAGUGGACACGCUGGUGUUCGGAGGGAACUUCCUUCACAGCUUCAACAUUCCCAUGCAGCUCAACAUUUAUAGUAUUGAGGACCGGACAAGGGUGCCGGCUAAGUUCCGUUACCCUUUCUAUUACGAGAUGUGUUGGUAUGUGCUGGAGAGGUACCUGUACUGCCUGACCAACGUCUCACACCUCACCCCGGAGUUCCAGAAGCAGUCGCUCGGCAUUGGCCUGAAACGAGAAGACUUCCACCAGGAACAGGAACCGAAUGGCCAAACCAAAGAGAAGGAGGAGGAGGAGGAGGAGGAGGAGGGCGAAGAAAAAGACCAGGAAGACAACAAAGAGAAGGAGGAGGAGGAGGAGGUGAAGAAGGAGGAAGUGAAGGAAGAGGAGGAGGAUGAGGAAGAGGCCUCAGCGUCUCCAGCUGGUAAGCUGGGUGUGAAGGUGCACCUGACGCCCCUGGAGCUGGAAGGCCUGUGGCACCUGUUGAACAAGCUGGAGGAGCUGCCCACCCACAAGAAGUGCGUUCCAUCCGGCAUCCGCAACGCCCCCGCCCUGCUCAGCGACAUACGGACGUUGCUUGAGGAACACGCUGAUGAUGACCCUGGAUUGUCCUACACUGGAAAACCCAUCGUGAAAUGGCCCAGACGGCCCUCGUGGUACCGCCCCCCCACCCCUCCCCCUGCGCUGGUCUACCGGCCGCGGCCCCCCGGAGCGGCGGCGAAGCUGUCGGGGCCCCGGGCCCCCCGGAGGCCUGCGGAGGCGCUGCGGCGGCGGCGGGUGCGCUGCAAGCGCUGCGAGGCGUGCCUGCGGAGCGAGUGCGGCGACUGCAUCUUCUGCCGCGACAUGAAGAAGUUCGGCGGGCCCGGCCGCCUCAAGCAGUCCUGCCUGCUGCGCCACUGUCACACCCCGGGUUUGCCCAACUCUGCGGUGUGUACCGUGUGUGGCGAGGGCAACCCCGACGGGGAGAACUCUACCCCGACACUUAUGGAGUGCUCUGCCUGUGCCAAGAUCACACACCCAGAGUGCCUCAAGGAACCGAGAGAGGGUGUGAUUAAUAUGGACUUGCCCAGUUACUGGAAGUGUCCCAGAUGUAUUCAGGAGAAGAAAACCGAGUCUGGCAACAGUAGUAGUGAUGAUGAUGAAGAUAAAAGCAGUGCCGUCUUGGGCGCCCGGGUCUCCGCGUCGGUGCCACCAGCCAAACAUGCCCACCGGGAGGGCAUCGGGGUACGCGAGGGCCGCAGAGGAAGGCGACCCCUGACCCCGUCCAGGCGCCUGCCGCCCCCGUCCCAGAGGCUGCUCCUCCAGCAACAGCAGAACAGGAAGAGGGCUGGAGCCCUGGAACUACAGCUCAGGAAGAGGAUUAAAUUGGAGCGAAAUAAGAUCUUGCAGUCGAAGCCGUCGUCUCUUUCUCUCUCCCCUAAGCUCCUGCGCCAGCGCAGUGCGGAGAGGGGGGGCGGGGACAAGACCGGGCUGGGCCGCGGAGCCUCCAGAGGUAGAGGAGCGUCGGCCUUACAGAUCCCCACCCUGACGCCUGUGGGCCGGGGCAGGGGCCGGGGCGUCAGGCUCAGGGGGGGAGGGAGAGGGGGAGGAGGAGGAGGAGGUGCGGAGAGGGGCAGCGGGGAGAUGCAGCGCGGCAGAGUUGAACGGGAUGACACGGCCGACGACAGCGAGGACGAGGAAGACGAAGAGGAGGAGAGGAAGGAGAACCGGCCGCAGCAGCAGCGGGCCAGACGAGGGAAGGAACAGACACAGGAGGAGGACGAAGAGGAGGAGGAGGAGGACGACAACGAGGACGACAGUGAAGAAGGAGAGCAAAAGAAUGGUGGAGGGGAGAGAGACGAUGGAGAGGAGGAAGAGGAGGAGGAGGAGGAAGAAGACGAGGAGGAGGAGGGGAGUAGGCCGGGACCACCGAGUGCAGCUGUUCUGCUGGGCGACGAGGCACGGAACCAGAAUUCCUGCCUGACUGUGAAACUCCAGCAGGUGUCCCGUGGCCACCGUGACCCCAACGCCAUCGUCCCCAAGCUGGAGGCUGCCAUGACGCCCCGCUCGCCACCCUCCGUCCAGCGCGCCUCCCUGCUCCGCCCUCCCCUCCGCAACGGAGCCUCCCACGCCAGCCCUCAUCCGGCCACGCCGGCGCCACGCUCUGCACGCCCAGAGAAGCCCUUAUCCAGCGGCCCGGGCCGCACCGCGGGGCGAGGAUCCCGGGUACACUGGCAGACCAACGCCCACUCCUCCUCAUCAUCGUCCUCCUCCUUACACUCUUCGCUCCAGCUCUCUGCCCGGGACGGAGGGAGUGGGCCGGGCUUUGAGAAGGAGGUGUGGGUGUCCGUGUUCCGGUACCUGAGCCAGGCCGAGCUCUGCGUCUGCAUGGCCGUCUGCAAGAGCUGGUACAAGUGGGGCUGUGACAAGCGCUUGUGGGUGAAGAUCGACCUGAACCGCUGCCGCUCCCUCAGCGCCCAGGCGCUCUCGGGCAUCAUCAAACGCCAGCCCGUCUCCCUGGACCUCUCCUGGACAGCCAUCUCAAAGAAGCAGCUCACCUGGCUCAUCAACAGACUACCAGGCCUAAAAGACCUGGUGUUGUCCGGCUGCUCCUGGAUGUGUCUCUCUGCCCUGAGCUCCACCACCUGUCCUCUGCUGCGCUCCCUGGACCUGCGUUGGACUGAAGGGAUCAGAGACGCCCAGAUCCGAGAGCUGCUGAGUCCCCCAGGCUCUGAGAACCGCACGCAGCUGCGUAACCUGCAGGUCCUGCGUCUGUGUGGGCUGGAGAUCAGCGAGGCCACCCUGCGGCUCAUCAUCCGCCACAUGCCGCAGCUGACGCGCCUGGAGCUCUCCCACAGCCCCCUGACCGACCAGGCCCUCAACCUGCUCACCGCCGUUGGCUCGUCCACCCGCGACACACUCACACACCUCAACCUCGCCGGAUGCAGUAAGCUGUCGGAUCGCUGUCUGGCGUACCUGAAGCGUCUGUCAUGUCUGCGCCUGCUGGACCUCCGCAACAGCAAGGGCGUGUCGCGUCAGGCCUGCGAGACCUUCAUCUCCGAACUGUUUGUCAACGCCAACGCGCUCUACUGCCUAUCAGAUGACAAGCUCAUCCAGAGGAUAUCAUAAAGCCCCUCCCACUUGGGGGACAGACUGUAGGGUUUUGGGGUGGGGUUGGGAAAGAGCGGGAUGGGUAGGGGGUGUGUGUAUGUAAGGCUGUGUGUGUGUGUGUGUGUGUGUGUGUUGAUGUCUGUCUGUCUUUUUCCUCUGUAUGACAGAGGAAAGCUAAAGCUGAGGAAGAGAAUGGAGGCUCAAAGCAUUUUGGGAUGGGAGGGGAUGAGAGGACCGUGGGAUGAGAGAGAGGACGGCGGUGGAGUAGACACUUCCAGGGGUUGGGGGGAGGGAGGGAUAUGGUGCUGUACAAUAUAACAAACGAAACUAAAGACUCAGGAGAGAUGGAGCUUGGUAGCAUGGCUGGUUAGAAGGAUGGAAGGAUGGAUGGAUGGAUGGAUGGAAAAGUCAACUUAUGACGGGUGGAGUGGAGGCAUGUGUACGUGUCGGGGUAUGACCCAAGUCUUAAGUGCUUUAAUAUGUGGCUGUCUAUCAGGGAGAGAGAGGCGUGUCAUACACCCAUGCAGGCACAUCACGCCCCCAUUUAGUGAUGGGGAGGCGGGAAUACAGAUGGUGCGAUAGCCAAUCGAGAGGAAGCUACUGACCAGUGGUUCCUAUGAGGGGCAGAAACAGAAACCUAGGUGCUAUCCCUCUUUGCGAUCCCGUUUUUCUAUAGAGAACCACAGGGUCCCUGUCCAUGUUGUAUAGUCUUCACUCUUAAUAGAAAUGUCCUUGUUUUCCCAUUUGUCAUUUUUUCUGAGGAUGUUCAGAUCAGUUCACUCCCAGUUUUUUUUUUUUUUUUUCCACUGUUUUCAUGCGUCCCAAGUUUUAUAUAAAUAAGGAAUGCUUUUGGCUCCAAAUCCAUCCUUGCUCCACUUCAAUAUCUUAAAAAGGAUAUAAAUAUAUAUAAAUAUAUACUUUUGUGUACAUGUAUUCUUUUCCCUAGUAUGAAAGAAGUCCUGUAGCAAUGUCAUUAUUUUCAGAAGCCUUUUUCACUUUUCUGUUUUUUGUUUUGUUGUUUUUUUUUUCAAGAAAAAUAAAUACUACGGUGGACAAAAA